AUGAGUGCCCGCUACCGGACGAUCGGUGGAAUGCUCGGGUUAGUGGAAGCCAGCGAGUCCGCCCAGGUGGAAGUCGAGCUGCUACCAGAACCACCCGAGAACGACGAAGAACUUACGAGGAAAACGCGCAAACGAGAUAGCCUUCGGAAGCUCAGCGUGCGACAUCUGGUGAACAAACUCGAAAUCCGCGCCACUGAAUCGUUUGAGCGCAACUUUAGCGGACGGUUCUCGAGACGCCGGAUAGCGAAAGAGAACGGAAGCGACGAUGGGAAGCACACCACCGGAGAUGACCCCGAGGGCGAGGGUCCUCCGAAACCAGUCCAAAAAACCCCCCUCGAAGGUGAUCACGGGCGCCGGAGCCGAACUGGUCGGAGUUGGUACAUGGUGCAUCUGUCACCCAGCGACGGUUCCGUCAACAAAUCAGCAGCGGCCGGUAUCACCACCGAUAAGAUAACCGCCGAUAGCGCAGAAUUUAGCGAAAGUGCACUAACUGAAGAGGACCCACAAGAUAGUGAGGACCCAGCGGACAUGAAAGGGACCCACGCAGCCUCGGUAGACCGUGAAGAUUCCGGCCGGUGGAGUAUCUGUUCUGACUUCGAACGAGUGUCCUUGCCGGAUGUGGACGAUGUUUGUGAUACUUGCAACGAGUUCAUCUAUCUGCGACUUUCGGAUGAGAACGCGCAGCACCUAAACUCUUACAAUGCUGAUUUCGAAACGGCACCGUUCGACGAUGAGUUCCAUCAACCUGCGGAAGCAUCCAACACCAUCAUUUCGUUGCGGUUCACAGCGGAAGAACUGCAAAGAAUCAUCCACGGAUAUUGUGACGAUCCCGGCGGAAGUGACCCCGAUGGCGAUGAGGAUGAGGUGUUUUCGCAAGCUUCUUUAGACGAUGCCGUGUUUAGGGGGGACCCCACCGAUGAGUUGGGACAGGGUAAGAGUCCAACCGCGUGGGAUUCGCUCGAUGAAGGAGUAAGCUUCAAGGAGAGCCCAGUAGCAUCACCGGAACCACAUCACAGUGAUAUUGACAUGAAAAUCUCGUUCCUCAUCGAUGAGCUGCUCGAAACGGAGCGCAACUAUAUCAACACCCUCGAGAAGGGGAUCGCCACCUACGUGGACGGGGUGUUCAGCGGGAGCGGCCCGACGCCCCCGGAGCUGUGCGGCAAAAAGUAUCACCUCUUCGGCAACCUGGAGUACAUCUACCGGUUCCACCGGAACGCCUUCCUGCCGAAGCUGCUCACCACGGGCAACGACGUCGAGCGGAUAGCGGACGUGUUUGUGCAGUUUCUCGAAAACGACAGCUUCUACGGCUACAUCCUCUACUCGAUGUACCACCCGAAGUCACAGCGGUUGUGCGAGCUCCACAUCGGCUUCUUCGAGCAGCACCAGCAAGCGCACGGUGAUAAGCUGGGCGUUAAAAGUCUCAUCCUGCAGCCCAUCCAGCGGCUCCCGCGGUACCAGCUGCUUCUGACCAGCCUCUUCAAGCAGCUGAUCAAAAAACCGGGUGCCAUCGCCCGCAACACACAGCUCCACAAGGUUUGCGUGGCCGAGAAGCGGCUCCAAACGCUGAUCGGCAUCAUGAACGAGUCGGUCACGAUCAACGACAUCCUGCAGUGCGAGAAGGCGGAAGUCGACGAAGUGGAGCUCGGUUUCGGUGUCCCCAAGCCGGCGAUAGUGCUCAAAAAUCAAAACCACGACAACCAGGUCCUGUUCCUGUACCCGAAAGACAACGACAAUGUGGACCGCAGCAAACCGAUCAACGUUCUGCACCUCGGGAAGUUCCGGAGCGUCUUCCCGGUGUUCAUCAACGACCCGAAGGUGAAGCGCCAGUACCAGGCCCAGCUGUUUGUGUUCGAACGGUGCGUCAUCUACGCGGAGCAGAUCGACGUGAAGUGUCUGACGUACCGUGGCCACUACACGCACCAGGAAAUCGAGUUCGACUUUGGCAACCGGCAGAUCCUGAAGCUGUUUUCGCGUCGCCACGACCGGCUCGAGAUCGAGGUGAAGAUAAACAUUCAGAAUCCGGGAAAGACGCACCUGGUGGAUAUCAUGACCAUGAUCAAGACGAUCAUCGAUCGGCGGGACCAGCGGGAAAGCUUCGGGAUCGAUAGCGCCGAGCUGUUCAGUGGUGUGACCUUCGCGAACCGGAACGCCAGCUACCGGAGUAGCAUCUGCAGCACGAUCAGUGACGUCAGUUUCCAGAGCGCGUACAGCCACCCGCUACCGAGCAGCGGACCGAUGGGAGCGUUGAGCAUUGACUCCGAACUGACAUUGGCUUCGACCCGGGCCGAGAGUCUCACGUCAGAGGGCAGCUCGAUCGAGAAGAUGCUCCACUUUCAGCAACACUUUGAGCGUGCACUGAACGAUGGCACCAGUCAGUACAUUCGCUCCCUGCCGGACGAUGUGGCCGGCCGGCUCGUGGAAAUGGUGGAUAUUUUGGACGAGAUGUUGCGCUUCCAGCGGGCCGUCAACUAUCAACUGUUCGAGGACGAGUACCACCGGCUGAGCUGCGACACGGACGAGCAGUACCUUUGUGGCGUGUUCCGGGAUUGCUUCCGGCGGGGCGAGUUCGAGGUGUUCCUGCGCUACGUCGAACACAUCAAAACGGUCGAAGCGAUCCUGAUGAGCUUCGAGCAGUACUACACCGGCCAACCGAAGCUCCCGGGAGCGGUCGACCUUACGAUCGAUGCGUUCCUCUAUCUCCCGGUCAGGUAUGUGAAUCGGUGUGGCCAAUUCUUCAACGGCCUUCGCUCGCAGAAGAACGACGAACCGAGUGCGGAAAGUUGGACCGCCGAUCUGAGCUACGUUCACGAGCAGAUGGGCAUGGUGCAGCGUCGGGUGAACGAAAACUAUCAAAUCCGCCAGCUGAUUAUGGACGUUGAGUUUCUGCACGAGAUUGGGUUGGUGAGCCACUCGGAGAUCGUCAAGCUGGAAGGCUCGUACGCCGUGUUCCGGCUGAUGCUGACGAAAACGGGCGCGCUGUGCAUGAAAAUUAACGCCGAGAUGCACAACAUCGAAACGUACAGCAGCGUCACCUUCUACUGCCCGUACACGAAGCUGUCGAUGCGGGCCAGCAAACGGCACGGGUUGCAUCUGUACGUUUAUCUCGACGGUCGCAAAACGACCCUGAUCUUCCCGUCCCGGCAGCAGCGCUACCUCACGAUCGACCACUUCACCACCCUGUCGACGCGGAUGAAGCAGAAGGAGCGCGAAAAGAAGCGCUCCUUUUUCUACGUCCCCACCGUGUAG